CUGAAAGGAUCUGCCAUCUUCACAAAGCUCUGUGUUGCGCUUCACUCGCUCUCUCUCUCUCUGUUUCUCCAUCGCCAUGACCGAACCCACUGACCAAUCUUCGUCACCCUCUUCCUCAUUGCCACCUAAAGAUCCAAUCUCUCUGAUCCAUCCCCGUCGUGAGCCCUUUGAACAUGGCCUCCUCCCCAUUCCCAAGCUCAUCUUCUCCGACCCCAUCCAAACCCUAAUCCCACUCAAGCAAAAGCUCCUCCAAUCUUCUUCCCCCUCCCACCGCCUCAACUCUUCCGCCAUUUCCGAGUCCCUCCAGAUCUCCAUUGACCAUGCUCGCCUCGUCCUCGACACCCUAGCUUCCGUUCUCCACUCCGACUCCGACCCCCUCGUCAAUGCUACUCCUGAUGAUGUCGACUCUUUUGGCGUUGAUGUUCUUGAUCUCCUUCUCUUUUUGUAUAUUCAGUCUUACAAGAGACUGCUCCCGCGAUCGCAUAAGGAUUCCGCUGCUGUCGCUGAUGUCUGGCCUUCCACUUCUGCUUUCGAUGGCUACUUGUCCGCCCUUUCGCCCUUGCAGCUUGUGCGCAGCAAUAGCCGUCGAUUCAUGCCAUCACAGGCUGAUGAAGAGGCUCACCAGUUAUCAUAUUUACAAAAGCACUUGGCCAACAUUCUCUCUCUCUUGGCAGAGACUGUAGACGGGGAAGGAGAGGAAUCUUUGGUUUUAUCUGUGGAAAGAUUUGAGCACCUUGGGUUUUUGGUUCAUUUUGGUGAUAAGGGAUCUGAUGGAAUUCAACUGAGCCAACAUGCUCCAUUUUUCGCUAACUCAGAUCCUGAUAUGCCAGCUGUUCCUGUGCCAGCAGCUCAAGUGCUGGACUGGAUUUUGCAAAACAUCGCGUCCUCUUUAGAAAAUAUUUCAGAGAGAGCUUCUCUUAAAGAAAAUGGGCCAUCUGGUUCAUCAGACCCAGAUGUUGCUAUGGCUGAUGCAUCCACAAGUUCAGUCAAUAAGACUAGCAUCAGCAGGGGUCCUAGUUAUAUUGAGGGAAUUUCUAAGUCUUCACUUGUGAAGCAGGCAUCUGAUCUCAAAGGUUCUUCUGUGAAGGUGCUUAACAGCCAUGAAUCUGUCAUUUACAUAUUAGCACCUUUGAGAUAUGCCACAAUAUAUGGAUGUUCUGAUACUACCAUUGUACUUGGAGCAGUUGGAAAGGCUGUAAGAGUUGAACAUUGUGAGCGAGUUCAGUUAAUUACUGUUGCAAAAAGAGUCUGCAUUGCAAACUGUCGAGAGUGUGUGUUCUUUUUGGGGGUAAAUCAACGACCGCUGAUUGUUGGGGAUAAUCACAAGUUGCAGGUGGCACCGUAUAAUACAUUUUACUCUCAAUUGGGAGAACACAUGAGUGAAGUUGGCAUCGAGGCAGCUCUGAACAGAUGGGAUGAACCAAUUGCCCUUGGGGUUGUAGAUCCGCAUGAUUCAUUAUCUCAUCCUGCGGGUGUCUCUGAUGUACAAACUGAGACUGCUACAUGUCUGGAUCCUGACCAGUUCACAAAUUUUUUGAUUCCGAACUGGGUUUCUGGUGAAUUUCCUGGAGCUUCUGACUGCAAUCCAUUCUCGUUGCCAGAUGCUUAUAUGGCAUCUCUUGAGAGGAAUAAAAAGACUUUGGGGGAAGUAAAGCAAAUACUGAGAGAAACCCCCCUUGAAGAGAAUCGGAAGCGAGAAUUAUCAUCUGCACUUCAUGUAUACUUCAAAGAUUGGCUAUAUGCUUCCGGAAACAUCCGUCAGCUUUACUGCUUGCAAGGUGACUAAUUUAUUUGGACUGGAAAAGUUGGGUUAUACAGUCAAAUAUGAUGGUGGUAAAAGCAGGGUUUUUCUUCUUCUUCUUCCCUUUUUUUUUUUUUUUAAUUAAAUGGUUUCUUUAUUCAAUUGUCAACUUAGUUGUUUCCGCCAAUUCCUUUUUGGUUCUCUACUUGCUCUUAAGUACCCGAGAGCUAACCCUCUGGCACGUGGUGGGUGGGAUCAGGAAAGAAAAAGGAAAAGAAAAAAAGAAAAAAAAAAAGAGAAUUUGCUAAUCUCAAUUGUAAUUCGUAUGGGGAAAAAGAAACGAAUAAUGUCUCUGUAAUAUUUUUAAUUUAUCCCAUGCUGCCUUUCUUCCUUCAGCUUU